AUGACCUAUCCAGCGGAGAACGGCAUUCCCGCCAUCGGCGACAAGGAGUUCGACGCACUUGGUUAUAACGGCGUAAUAUCAGCAAAGUCAUUAUACUGGCUGUCACGCAAACGCGAAGAGGAUGAUGAAUGGACCAUUGAAGCGGAACGCAAGCUUGACGGUGCGUCGCUCAGCACCAUUGCUAAGAACCGUGUGGGAACCAACGUGGACCGCGACGGAAAGCCAAUGUCGUGGGAUUCGACACCACCAGUGACGCCUACCUCGCCAUGGCACAUCGCCGCUGUCGAUGCGGAGGGCGCCAACGUUCUGCGCAAGACCGUCCUGUCUGAAUGGGGUACAAGAAUCAUCGACACAAAAUGGGCCAACGUCUACAACCGCUUCUGCCCUCGGCCCCGCGCCCGAUUCUUGUGGUUCGACAAGCAGACUGUCAUCAAAAAGCUCGACACAAAGGAGAUGGGCGGGGCAAUUCUCGGCGAUCUCUCUGCCACGGGCUACACGCGUCGUCAUUUUCAUCUCUGGCCGGCGAAUGAACGGGUGGCAGAGACCGCUGCAGCUCUUUGCGCUGGAGCAAACAGUGUUUAA